CCAAAACUGGAUGCGCCAUUUUGCUGCGUCCACAGUCAUCCGGCAAGAUGGUCCCUUUGCUUUGUCUCUCUUGACUGGAGUUUUUUCUGUUUUUAAACCCAAAUUUUAGCUCCACAGCCAAGAAAAUUUCCAUUUCAGAGUGAACUGGGCCGGGAAUAGUUAGUACAAACCCAUCUCCGUCCGUCAGGAAAUGACGACGGCGGGAAGCAGGUAAAAUGAGUUUAGGGUCUACUGAAUCACUCCAAGAGAAAAUGUCAGGGAAAGAAGAAGAGCCUGGAAGCUCAGCGGGCAGUACGAAGCCUUCCUCUUCACGCAACAAGAUGAAGCCCACCUCCGUAGCAAAGCACACUGAAGAAAAUGAAUCUGCUCCCUCAGCUGAGAGCGACAAUGAAGGUGCCACAUCUGACAAUCCAUCUGAAGGUAACACCAGCAGCAGAUCUAAAGGUACUUUGGUCAUGAGACCCACUGGAAAUGAAAAUAAAGGUGCCAUGAAGCUUCGAGUGGAUUUCAAACAAAAACUUUCAGAUGACGCCCUCCAAAAGAAGGUCAGCUGCACUGCCUGUGGAAAACAGGUAAACCAGUUCCAGCGGAACUCGUUGUGUGAGCAUCCUGCGCUCAAAGUCUUAAUUUGCAAGUCGUGCUACAACUACUACACAAGUGAUGAUAUCGGCAAAGAUUCUGAUGGAAUGGAUGAGCAAUGCAGGUGGUGUGCUGAAGGUGGGAAGCUCAUAUGUUGUGACUACUGUAACAACGCUUUCUGCAAGAAGUGCAUUCUGCGUAACCUGGGCAGAAAAGAGCUGUCAAACAUCACUGAUGAGAACUCAAAAUGGCACUGUUACGUAUGCCGGUCAGAUCCGCUCCAGGAUCUGGUCUUCAAAUGUCGACGAAUUAUGGAAAAACUAGAGCACGCUCAGCUCAAACAACACAAGGCAGAAAAGAGGGAGGAGCGAGACAAGAAGAAAAAAAAGAGCAGGACAACCAAAGAGCACAAAGCUCUCGCCAACGGAAAGGAACAUGCUGAAGGCUCUGGAGUCAUGACAUUCUCCUACAAAAAGAUGGAGAUACCCAAAGAAUAUAUAAAGAAAGCAAAAAGACUAGUGGAAACAACCACUGGUUUGAAUAAUACAUUCAUCCAAUUUAUUCAGCAGACAGCUGAAGAUCAAGGAGACAGGUCUAUCAGGUAUCGGCAUUUGAAAGCCUUCAAGGCUGUGCUCUCUGAUUUGAGAAAAGCCCACAAUGUGCUGGAAGCUGCUUUGGAGCCUGAAUUCAAAAGCAUGGAGUUACAGAACGGUAAUGAUGUCCAACACGUCAAAAAAAGUAGUUCCACUGCAGAACCAACAGGAAUCGAUAAAAUGGAUGCAGAUGCAGAUUCAGGAGAUGGGGUCGAUGCUGCUCCAAAAUCAGACACGGAGCCACACAACGAAGCAGAUGCGAUUCCCGAAAUGGAUGUGAACGAGGAGCCGCAGGAUGAAACGGGCUCAGCUCGUGAUAGUGGAGUGAAUCUAAAAGCAGAUGAAAACCAAGAUUGGGGUGGAGGGCUUCAGUCAGGAAUGUCUGAAGAUGAGGAAAAGGAGACGAAUGAAGAAGCAAGUGCAGUUCAGGAUGCUGUGGUUUCCAAAGAUGAGGAGCAAACCAACGAGCAGGAAGCAGGCUCUGAAGAAGUGUCAAGUAAGGCUGUGAUGAAAGACCACCAAACAGAAACAGAUGCACUUGAGAAAAUCAUAAAAACAGAAACUUGUGAGGAACCUGUGUCGACUGGUGAGAUGUCCUUAGAUCAAGACAUCAUGUCUGUACCUCCAUCCGUCCCCGAAGAGCUUUUUCAAAUGGUGGAGAGUCUUGCAGACUCGUCAACACUUUCUAAACCGGACACUAAUUCAGUCCCAGCUAAUGAGGCGAAGUCCAACUCUACUCCUGCAGAAGAUCAGCUGCCCCAGCCCAAAGUUAAGAAUCUCAUUGUCAAGCUGACUCCUGUGCCAGUCGUGAAAACCAGUGGGUCACGCUCCUCCAGGUCCAAAAGCAAAGAAAAGAGUGAAGAGUCCAAGUCUAAAAAAAAAACAGAAGAUGAUGACCAGUCGGCUUCUAAAGUGAAAAAAGAAACCGAGAGCCCACCACCCAGCCGCCGCUCCAGCAGAUUAAAGACGACUCCUUUGAGGAAACAGAGUGAGAAAAAGGUCGAUGGGGAUUCAUCAGAGUCUGAGGAAGACGUCAAAAGCAAGUCCAAGCCAUCCAAGAAAUCCAGCGACCACGCGAAAAAGCUCGACAAGGACAACAACACUCCAGCUCAAACAAUAGAGGACUCUGACUCGGAUGAAAUUCCGCAUGCAUUGUUGGAGAAAGCUGCAGAAAGCAAAAGCACAGAUGAGGAGCAGGAGAGCACAAAGGGUAAAAAAGGUUCAAUUAAAUCAGAUGAUUCUUCUCAGAACACUGAAAACCUAUCAAAACGCAAACGAAAGACUGCAACCUCCGAGUCAGACACAGAGAAUAAAAGCCAGAAGCCAUCCAAGAAGAAGAAGCAAAAAGACUCUGACUGCUCAGACUCGGACUCCGACCAGAAAAAGGGGACUAGCAAAGUAUCCAAGAGGAGAUCUAGCCGCACAAAGAAAAACAAAGCAAAAGAGGAAGAGAAGAAAGACUCGCCAGAAAGCAAGACAGCUACUCGGAAGCGAUCUUAUGAAAAGAAGCGGAAGGGAAAGAGUCCUAAAGGAUCUUCCCAGCUCCAGUCUUCCUCCAGUGAGGAGGAAGAGGAGGAACAGGCUGAAGGUGACUCUGGAGAUGACAGCGAUGCACAAAAGAUUAAACCCAUAAUGGAUGAUAAUGUCAUCAAUUCAGUAGGGAUCUUUCAACAGUCUUCAGGAGAUGAAAUUGACAAUAAGGACUCUGUCAAUCCAGUCUGUGCAGAAGAUGAUGAUGAUGAUCCAGAAAACAGGAUUGCUAAGAAAAUGCUUCUAGCUCAAAUAAAAUCCCACUAUUCUUCGGGGGCAGAGAGUUCUUCUGAGGAAGAAGAAAAAGAGGAAAAGUCUUCCAAAAAAGUUAAAAAAGACAAACAGGAUGAAGAAGAUGAGGAUGAUGAAGAAGAAGACGAGGACGAUGACGAAGGAACUGAGGACUCUGAUUCGGAUGUGGAAGUGAAGAAGAGCGUCAAACGCCACAAACUGCUUCGGCAUAAACUCUCCAUGAGCGAGGGCGAGUCGGGAGACGGCAAAGAGGAGGGCAAAAAGAAGAAGAAAAGGAAAGAGGGCAAGAAAAAAUCAAGAAGCACAUCUGACAGUGAUGACUCCUCAGACUCAGACUUUAAAAAGUCAGACUCCAGUUCAGGAUCAGCCCUGAGCGAGGAAGUUAGCGGCUCAGAAGAUGAUGGCAAACGUCGAAAGACGAGAUCGUCUAAGAAGAAAGACGACGAGAAGCAGAGGAGUUACAAGCAGCAGAAGAAGAAGCGGCGCAGGAUUAAAGUUCAGGACUCUUCCUCCAGCAACGAGAAGAGCGGAGGUGAAGAUGAUGAUGACCAAGAUGGAGAGGGGCGCAAAGGACGCAAAAAGAUCCGCAAAAUCCUGAAGGACGACAACCUACGAACGGAAACCAGAGAUGCUCUGAAGGAAGAAGAGGAGAGGAGGAAACGUAUAGCUGAGAGGGAAGCACUCCGGGAGAAACUUAGAGAGGUUAUUGUUGUAGAAGAAGCUUCUAAGGUGACAUGUCCCGUCACCACCAAGCUGGUGCUGGAUGAGGAUGAAGAAACCAAGGAGCCGCUGGUGCAGGUGCACCGGAACCUGGUCACAAAGCUCAAACCUCACCAGGUUGAUGGUGUUCAGUUUAUGUGGGACUGCUGCUGUGAAUCAGUGAAAAAGAUUCAGAAGUCCCCUGGCUCUGGCUGCAUUUUAGCCCACUGUAUGGGACUUGGAAAAACGUUGCAGGUGGUGACAUUCCUUCAUACUUUGCUGCUGUGUGAAAAGCUGGAUUUUGCCACAGCGCUGGUGGUCUGUCCCCUCAACACUGUCCUCAAUUGGCUCAAUGAGUUUGAAAAGUGGCAAUAUGGGUUGAAAGAUGAGGAGAGUUUAGAGGUGACUGAGCUCGCCACAGUAAAGCGUCCACAGGAGCGAGCGUACGCCCUUCAGACGUGGCACGAAUCGGGUGGCGUUAUGAUCAUGGGAUACGAGAUGUACCGAAACUUGACGCAGGGGCGGAACAUCAAGAGCAAGAAGCUGAAGGAGACGCUCAGGAAAACCCUUGUAGAUCCAGGUCCAGAUUUGGUGAUUUGUGAUGAAGGUCAUAUCCUAAAGAACGAGGCUUCUGCCGUCUCCAAAGCAAUGAAUGCCAUCAGGACAAAGAGGAGGAUUGUGCUGACUGGAACGCCUCUACAGAACAACCUCAUUGAAUACCACUGCAUGGUGAAUUUCAUCAAGGAGAACCUGUUGGGCUCAGUCAAAGAGUUCAGAAAUCGAUUCAUCAACCCCAUCCAGAAUGGCCAGUGUGCCGACUCAACUCUACACGAUGUCCGGAUUAUGAAAAAGAGGGCUCACAUUCUCUACGAGAUGCUGGCUGGAUGUGUUCAGAGGAAAGAUUACACGGCACUCACCAAGUUCUUGCCUCCUAAACACGAGUAUGUGCUGUCUGUCAGAAUGACUCCGCUUCAGUGCAAACUCUACAGACACUACCUGGAGCACUUCACAGGUGUGGGGAACGCUUUGGAAGGGGGCCGGGGCCGGGCGGGGACCAAACUUUUCCAGGAUUUCCAGAUGCUCAGCAGAAUCUGGACCCAUCCCUGGUGCCUUCACCUCGACUACAUCAGCAAAGAAAACAGGGGUUUCUUUGACGAAGACAGUAUGGACGACUUCGUUGUGUCAGAAACCGACGAGUCUUCCAUGAGCCUGUCCUCCGAGAACGAAAAGCCAAAAAAGAAAAAGAACCAGGGAAAAGGAAAAAAGAAAGAGUCAGAGGAGUCGGACAGUGAUGAUGUGGAGGUCAUCAAGGAGUGGAACAGUAGCUCCCGCGGCAGGAACGGAGAAGGUCGAAACAGGCGGGAACCUGUAGAAGAACCUCAGCCCUCUGGAGCCGAACCAGGGAGUCCCCGCUCUGCUGACUGGCACAAAGAGUUUGUCACUGAGGCCGAUGCUGACAUCCUGGCACACUCCGGCAAGCUGACGCUUCUGUUCGAGAUCCUGCGCAUGGCUGAGGAAGUAGAAGAUAAAGUGUUGGUGUUCAGUCAGUCCCUCAUCUCUCUGGAUCUAAUUGAAGACUUCCUUGAGCUCUCUUGCAAAGAUGAGGAUGAUGAAGAUGCUAAACCCUCUCCAUACAAAGGUGAAGGCAAGUGGUACAGGAACAUCGACUAUUAUCGCCUGGACGGUUCCACCAACGCCGUCGCUAGGAAGAAGUGGGCUGAAGAGUUUAACGACACCAGUAACACAAGAGGGCGCUUGUUCCUCAUUUCUACAAGAGCUGGCUCUCUUGGCAUCAACCUGGUGGCGGCCAACAGGGUUGUUAUCUUUGACGCCUCCUGGAAUCCUUCAUAUGACAUCCAGAGUAUUUUCAGGGUGUACCGCUUUGGCCAGAUCAAACCUGUGUACGUCUACAGAUUCCUAGCCCAGGGGACAAUGGAGGAGAAGAUUUACGAGCGGCAGGUAACCAAGCAGUCCCUUUCAUUCCGAGUCGUGGACCAGCAGCAGAUCGAGAGGCACUUCACGAUGAACGAGCUGACUGAGCUUUACUCCUUCGAGCCGGACAUGCUGGAUGACCCGUCCGAGAAGAAAAGCAAGAAAGCCACACCUGUGCUUCCCAAGGAUCCCCUCCUGGCUGAGAUGCUGCAGAACAACAAGGACCAGCUAGUUUGCUACCAUGAGCACGACUCCCUGCUGGACCACAAGGAGGAGGAAGCUCUCAGUGAGGAAGAUCGCAAGGCCGCCUGGGCCGAGUACGAGGCAGAGAAAAAGGGUCUGUCCAUGCGGACCAACUACCAAUCACCCUACUCUCAAAUGGACAUGGGCAACCCCAACUAUGUAUCGUACAACAUGGCAGCUUUGGCCUCCAUGACCAACCAGCAGCUGGAGGAUCUCAUCAACCAGGGACGGCAGAAAGUCAUUGAGGCAACAAAUGCCUUAAAAACUCUGCCCCGGGAGUCGCUGGAAGAUAUCAUCGCAGAAGUGUGGAAGGAAAAUCCGGCCCUCACUGAAGUUCAGGUCCAGUCUAUAGCUUUGGGGCGUCAAGCCACGGUGGAGAUGGAGCUGAAGCGCCGGGAAGCCGUCUACAGAGACGUUCUCACCAAGCAGCAAACUCUGAUGAUGUACGUACAGAAGCUCAUAACCAACAGGAAGGUCCAGGAGCAGCAGCUAGCGAUGGCUAACCAGGCCACCUACCUAAACCAGCUGGCAAUGCAGAACGGCAUGAUGGGCGCCGGGCUCAGCCAGAUGGACCUGCUGGGGCUGUACCAGCAGCUGCACGGCAUGGGAGCACAUCAAGGCGUGGGGAAGAACCCGGGCCCUUCCAAGGGCCUGUAGGUCAGGUGGACCCAGUCUCAUCUUGACUCCUGGAGCUGACUCCCAGUGGUUCCCAAAGAGCUUAAAAAAAAAAAAAAAGAACUAGCUUGCUAAGCCGAGGAUCAAGUUUUUUGAUGAUCCUGUCCACUUCAGGUCGGCUAUGCUAUUUGGAGACGGAGAAAUAUAAUGUAUAGAUGACUUUGUGAAAUGUCUGUUUGGGAUUUCAGCAGAAAAAAAUGUAUAUACUGUCUUAAUGUUAUUCAUGUUCUAUACCUUCAUUUUUCAUGUCAUUACAGAUGACAGAUUUACCCCUCCCAAUACUUUCAAGCAUUGUAUCCCCCCGUCCCUUCAGAAAGGGUUAUUUAAAAUCUAAUUUUUAUACUCUUUUAAAUGCCUCGGUGUUCAGAGUGGGACCAGAAUCUGUGGUGUCAGGACUUCGUCAAUCAAACGUAUAGCCUCGCUAGAUUCUUCAGUGAGUAUUUAGCUAAGCAGACAGCUGUUGGUGCUGCAAAGUCCUGUUCAGUUCAAGAACAUGUCAGUGGAAUUAAAAAAAAAAGAUGAUAAAAAGAAUGGCCUUAUAAAAAUACAUAAAAAAUCUGUAUAAUUUAAGAUUUGUUAAGACUCUUUUCUAUUACGCUUUUAAGUGUUUACAUUAGCUGUUGCUGACCAUAAUGUAAUGCUAGUAUUGUUCAAAAGUUGCCUGCCGGAUUCUGUUUAUUUUUUGUUUGUUUUGUAAAAUCUCUCAUUGUCACGUGUUGUCUAGCAUAGCGGUGCGUUCCUGUUCAUAUUCCACUCCUGUUGACCCAAAGUCUGCUAGAGUGGCUGUCGAUGCAGAGCCCAAACCCCCUCUGUCUUCAAAUCUGAAGAUGACUGGGAGGAAAGAAAAGAAAUGGAAAUGUUAUUAUAGUUUUUUUUUUUCUUUUUUAAAUUUCCUGGUGUGUUUGGAGCAACACUCCCCUGUUCUCUCACCAGCCUCUUUCACUUGCAGUUACCUUUGGCACAUUCUGGCCUCUAACCGCUUCAACUGGUGCAGCUGUUAAACAGGAGGAACAUGGACAUUUUUCACACAGACGUCUGCUGAUUCCUGUGUUUGCACAAGGUGUGUUUCAUAAAUGUUGGCAAAGUUUAUUUGGCCUCUUCUAAGAAUGUUCUUAUGUUAGUAAAUACAUUUUGCCAUGACUAUUACCUGCUAUUAUCUUGAUAAGUAUUUAAUAUAACAUUUAAUAAAGUGACCAAAAGAAUAAAACAUGUUUCAGUUGCAACAUUUGGAAUUGUUCAUAAUUCUUGCUUGGUAAUAAUUGGAUUUAUGACUUUUCAGUCAAGUUAAAGGAUAUCAAUAGAUUAUUAAAUGGGGGGGUUAGUAAUGAUUUAUUGCAGUAACUUCUUUUUUUUCGUGCACCUUCCUGUAUUUAACCACUACAUCACUUUGUAGAUUUUAAGUUCGAUUGGUAAACAAAUUUUAAAAAACCCAGCUUGUAUAUGCAAUUUCUGUCUUUACCAGUGUUACAAUACUUUUUGUUUGCCAAAAUAAAACAAAAAUACCUUCA